UGAAAACCUUAUCGAUAAUAUCGACAGUGGCACGUGGCACCACUAGCAUUUUGUUGUCAAACUUCAAACUUGUCAUUCAAAGGUCACCUUGGUGAAGUUCAUCUCUGACAGAUUCAAAUUCAAAAAGAUUUUGUAAUUCAGGUUUGGUGUCGGGGGAUAUUUUAACCCUUCAGGAUGGAUGUGACGGCAACGCAAAGGUUUAUUGAGAGGGGGUCCCAUAAAGGGAAGGGGCUCGCAGUAUUUACGAGCGGAGGUGACUCCCAGGGCAUGAAUGCUGCGGUGCGGUCAGUGGUUCGAAUGGGUAUUUACUUGGGAUGCAAAGUAUACUUCAUUCGCGAAGGUUACCAGGGCAUGGUGGACGGAGGAGACAACAUUGAGGAAGCUAACUGGUCUUCUGUGAGCUCCAUUAUUCAUAAAGGAGGCACCAUUAUUGGUUCAGCCCGAUGCAUGGAUUUCAUCAAAAGAGAAGGUCGUCUGAAAGCCGCAUACAACCUUGUUACUCGAGGCAUUACAAAUCUGGUGGUCAUCGGAGGUGACGGAUCUCUGACUGGAGCUAACCUCUUCCGCCAGGAGUGGUCAAGCCUUCUUGAUGAACUGCUGGAAAAUAAUAAGAUCACCAAAGAUCAAAGAGAGAAAUACAAAUUCUUGCACAUUGCGGGAAUGGUUGGUUCCAUUGACAAUGAUUUCUGUGGUACGGACAUGACAAUAGGCACGGACUCAGCUCUGCACCGAAUCAUCGAGGCCAUUGACGCCAUCGUGAGCACGGCAUACUCCCACCAAAGAACUUUCAUCAUGGAGGUCAUGGGUAGACACUGCGGUUACCUGGCCCUCGUGGCCGCUCUGGCGAGCGAGGCAGAUCAAGUAUUCAUUCCCGAGGACCCUGUUCCCAAUAAUUGGGUUGAAAAGCUUUGCAAACGAUUGUCUGAGGAAAGGAAAUCGGGCCAGCGGCUAAACAUCAUCAUAGUGGCGGAGGGAGCCAUCGACCGGGAGGGCAAACCCAUCACGGCCGAGCUCGUGAAGAAAGUGGUUGUGGACAACCUGCAGCAGGACACGCGCAUCACCGUGCUGGGUCACGUGCAGCGCGGAGGCUCGCCUUCGGCUUUCGACAGGAUUCUGGGCUGCCGCAUGGGAGCGGAGGCGGUGAUGGCGCUCAUGGAGGCCACCCCGGACACCGAGCCGUGCGUCGUGACCCUGGACGGCAACCAGGCCGUGCGCCUCCCCCUCAUGGAGUGCGUACGACGCACUAAAGCGGUCGCUCAGGCCAUGGCAGACAAGAACUGGGACCUAGCGGUUCAGCUGCGCGGUCGCAGCUUCGCUCGCAAUCUGGAGACCUACAAGAUGCUGACGCGUCUGAAGCCUCCCAAGGAGGCCUUCGAUGCCGACGGGAAACCUUCCGAGGGGUACACACUGGCAGUGAUGCACGUGGGCGCGCCCGCGUGCGGUAUGAACGCGGCCGUGCGCUCGUUCGUGCGCAACUGCAUCUACCGCGGCGACACCGUGCUCGGCAUACACGACGGCGUCGAGGGGUUCAUCAGCGGCAACAUCGUCAAGAUGGACUGGUCGGACGUAACGGGCUGGGUGGGGCAGGGCGGCGCGUUCCUGGGCACUAAACGCACGCUUCCCGGGGACAAGAAGGCAGAGAUGGCCGCUCGCAUCAAGCAGUUCAACAUCCAGGGCUUGUUGAUCAUCGGUGGGUUUGAGGCGUACCAAGCAGGAUUGGAGCUAUACGAAUCCCGUCACCAAUUCGCCGAAUUCAAUAUCCCCCUAGUGGUGAUCCCAUCCACCAUCAGCAACAACGUGCCCGGCACUGACUUCUCGCUAGGAGCUGAUACAGCCCUCAACGAGAUCACCGAGAUCUGUGACCGCAUCCGUCAGUCUGCGCAGGGAACAAAACGUCGUGUGUUCGUCAUUGAAACCAUGGGCGGAUAUUGCGGCUAUUUAGCUACCUUGGCAGGCCUCGCCGGUGGCGCCGACGCUGCCUACAUCUACGAAGAGAAGUUCUCCAUCAAGGACUUGCAGCAAGACGUGUACCACAUGGCGUCUAAAAUGACGGGCGGCAUUCAGCGCGGUCUCAUCCUGCGUAAUGAGAAGGCUAACGACAACUACAACACUGACUUUAUCUACCGGCUCUACUCGGAGGAGGGCAAGGGACUGUUCACAGCCAGGAGCAAUGUGCUGGGUCACAUGCAACAAGGCGGCUCCCCGACCCCGUUCGACCGCAACAUGGGCACCAAGAUGGCCGCCAAGUGCCUGCACUGGCUGGUGGAGACGCUGCAGCGCGGGCCCGCCACCGGCGCCGACACGGCCUGCCUGCUCGGCAUCGUCAAACGACAGUACAAGUUCACGCCGCUAGAGGAUCUCAAGGCUCAGACCAACUUUGCCCAAAGAAUACCAAAGCAGCAAUGGUGGAUGAAACUGCGUCCCCUGCUUCGUAUCUUAGCUAAGCACGACUCCACUUACGAAGAAGAAGGAAUGUACAUGACCGUUGAACAAGGAGAGAUUGACUCAGAAAAUGUCAUUUAAUUUAAUUUUAUCUCAGUGGGAUUCGUUAUUCGAAUUUUAAAGUUAGAAUUUACACCAAUACUAACAGCUUUAUAUGUAGGUAGACGUUAAACUGUAGCAGUCACAGUGAUUAGUAUGUGAUUAUUAUUUAUUUAUUUCAAUGAGAUUCACUAGCAGUUAAUAGAUCAAUUUUACAGGAGACACUAGUUAAUAAUGGGUGAAGUAUAAAAUUAUGCAUUAAAUGGGUUGAAUUUCAUUAAGAUGCUUUUUACCAAAAAAUGGUAUAUCUAUUUUAUUGUAAGUUUAAGUACAAAUGUCAACUUUUAUUAGACAUUAAUCAGUAACCAUAGCGUUAUUACUAUUGUUAAUAAUGAAUAUAGUUAAUGCGACAUUACCUAACUUUACAAAUAUGAGGGCUGUGGAGGGACCGCUUAUUUUGCCGUUCAUUUUGUUGACUAUUUAUUACUAGCGCAAUUCAUUUAUUUUUAAACUGUUUAUUUUUGAUAUAGUACAAUAUUGUGUAAAAUGUAAUAAGCAUUAAUCUUACAUCAACUAUGCAUGUGAAUCUAUCAAAGUUAUCAAACCAUUUUAAUAUAAGUAUCAAUUUUUAAUAUUGAUAAAUCACAACUAAUCUAUUAUAAUAUCGAUGUUUAAUCGAGCGUAGUAACUUAAGGUUUAAAUAUGUAAUAGAAAAUAUAUAUUGAAAUUAAGUUUGCUAACAGUAUUUUUUGAAAUUGUGAGACAUAAAGUAUGUUCGUCGAUAAAUCGUUACUAUUGUUAGAGAUUAUUUAUUCUAGCAGCUUAUAAAAUCGGAAAAACAGCAAAUUCGUGGCAAACGAAUAUAAAUGUUGUUAAAUCAUGUUACAUUUUAUAAUAAAUGUAUUUAGCUCUCA